AUGUAUUCAAUUGUUUUUGGUACUAUUAUUUUGCUAAUAUUAGAAUCAAUAUCGGGUGCACCUCUUCACGAUGAUCGAGUUAUAAUUGGAUCAACUAUUGGAGGAGUUAUUAGUUUAAUUGUUUUGAUUCUUGACUUAAUUGCUAUUUUUGAGUUACUCACAUCGAGUGGUCAUGGUAUGUGUUCAAAGCUUAUUUGGAUUUUAAUUAUUAUCUUUUUUCCAAUUGGUGGUUUAAUUUUAUAUUGGUGCUGUGCUCGACGUCGUACCGUUGAUCAAGUUCUUUGA